AAAGCAAAAUAUUUCCUGUAUUUCUUUCGUCUAGCUUUUUCCAUCCACCAUGGCGACAGAGCAAAUGUUAAACGCAACAACAGCAGAAACAACCACAGCAACGAAGCAUGCAGACUAUGCGUUCGAUCAAGCUACAGAUUCGUGCUACAUUGAGAAUCGGACCACGGGGCUGCAGUUUUUGCUGGGCGUGUGAACAUGGACUGGGCUAUCGGGCAGGCCCCUGCUGGCGGUUAUGUCAUUGCACUGUCACUUAAUGCCGUACUCCAACACUGUUCCUCUCGUUACCAGCAGCAUCCCGUAGCGCUCAAUACAUUCUUUUUUAAAAAGACUGAGGCGGGUCCAUUUGUAGUCGAAAUUUCAGACCUGAAACCCAGUAAACGCGGCUUUUGCGUUAUAAAAGCCAUCAUGCGUCAGCCCAAGAAUCGCGAAGCUAUAGUGCCGCAACGGCUGCAGGAUUAUGAUCCAAGCGAGUAUGUAACCAAGACACAUAGUAUUAUCACGAUGGCCAACAUGGAUGGAGAAAAGGGCUUAACCUACGAGACGCUUGAAGCCGCCAAACCUCCUUCAACGGAAACCAUGCAGCACUCGCAGAUGGAUUUCAUGCAUCAGUACAUUGACAUUUAUCAAGACAUGAGCACAUAUCCGAUACGCGACCAGGCUAGCGGCAAGACGAUCUGUCCUGGCAGACCCGAAGUGCACCAUUCUGUAUGUUUCAAAGACGGUCGCGAGACGGAUUUUAAAAGCAUACCUUUCUGGGCCGAUCUUUUCAUUCAUCCCAUGUAUUCGUUGGACAAUGAGCUGCUGGGUGGCCCAUCAUGGAUGCCUACUUUGCAGUUGGAGGUGCAGUUCAAGUCGGUUCCCAAGCAUGUGAAGCGUGUGUUGGCGUCUUUCAAGGUGCCACAUAUCAUUAACGGACGAUUCGAUUUGGAUGGUGCGCUCUUUGAUCAGGAUAAGAAUUUACUAGCGACGACACGACAUCAGUGCCUGGUGGUGCCAUGGAACGUAACACGCCAUCAACAGCUCCUUCAAAGUCGUCUUCCUUGUUAUCCCCUUCCAAACUCUAGAUUAUUCAAUUAUACUAGUUUCGACCGCUAAUUGUGCCGUUUGCGCCACCUCAACUGCUGCCAUGCUCCCUCUUUCUUGGCUAGUAAUAAUCUGCUUGUGUAUAUCCACCAUCAUAGAAACAUCAUCAUAACACGGAUUAAUAGAAACUUUGCAUAGACUCC